ACGGUUGGUCUUUGGACCUCUUGUCUAGCCUGGGGCCGAACGAAUCGGGAGGCUCCCGAGUCCCGCUCUCAAAGGAUGCGUCGGCGGAGCUAGUGGCGACCUCGGCUGCCCAGGGCCGUUCCCUGGCCGUUGCGGCGUCGCGGCGCCCCCCAACGAGUCCGGAGGCCCGCCUGCCCCAGUCUCGAGCCUGCUCGAGUCCGCUCGAGUCGCCGCCAGGAAAGCAGGAGCGGAAUCCGCGGGACUCGCGCUCUCGCCGGGUCUUUGCCGUCUUUUCGGACAAUUCCGGCCUCCCGGGUCGGCGGAAGGCCUCCCCCCUCAGGUACUCCGGCAUCUCCAUGACCAGCUGCGCCGUGAGGUCGAGCGGCGCCCCGCCGCCCAGGUAAGCCGACGCCUGGACGUCGGAGUCAUCGAGGUACCGAGGGAAGCCCGAGGAUUCAGCCCAGGAAACCACCCUGCCCGUCACCGCCCAUAUGUGAUAUGUGUGCCGUGCGCGUUCAGGCGAAUGAGUAAUCAUGUACUGUCAGGACAAGGGCUCGGCCGCCUCCAAGAGCAAAGAGGGAUCGGUUACAAUGAGAGAAAAGAAAGGAGGUGCACUUAGCAGGGUGCAGAAACUAAAGAAGAGAUUGAGUCACAGCUUCGGCCGGCUAUCGAUAUCGAAGGAAGAGGCCGACGAGGUAGCAAAUCGAGAGCAGCUGCCGUACAACGGCUACUCGGAGGAGUUCCUAGACCGUUUGGAACCAAACGGCAAUAUACCCGCGGACAAGGACCGUGGCGUGAGGGACCGACGAUAUGGUGUCGAACCGUUUGCAGAGUGGUCAGGCGUCGGGGACCACGACAUGGUGCAUCGGCAGCUCUCGGUCUCCAGCGACUCAAAGCUCCUCGACGAGGACAUCAGAGAGGAGACAAGGGUGAUCCUACGACCGCGUCGUCCACCUCGACCCAAGUCGGAGGUCUGCCUCGGUCCGGAUCCUCCGCCUAGAAGGACCAAGAGAUUUUCGGCCUUCGGGGGUGACUCGCCUUUCGGCAAAUCGGAGGCUUACGUUAAGCUGGAGCAACUGGGGGAAGGGUCUUACGCCACGGUGUUCAAAGGGUUCAGCCAUCUGACCAACCAGGUGGUGGCGCUCAAGGAGAUCAGACUACAGGAGGAGGAGGGUGCUCCGUUCACUGCCAUCCGCGAGGCGAGUCUACUCAAGGAGCUGAAGCACAACAACAUCGUCACGCUCCACGACAUCAUCCAUACCAGGGAGACCCUGACCUUCGUCUUCGAGUUUGUCCAUACGGAUCUUUCCCAGUACAUGGAGAGGUACGGCAGUGGAGGCGGCCUCGACCCGCGCAACGUCAAGCUGUUCCUCUUCCAACUUCUGCGAGGACUGGCAUACUGUCAUCGCAGGAUGGUGCUGCACCGAGACGUGAAGCCGCAGAAUCUCCUGAUAAGCGAGAUCGGGGAGCUGAAGCUCGCGGACUUCGGGCUGGCGAGGGCCAAGUCGGUGCCCUCGCACACCUACUCCCACGAGGUGGUCACCCUGUGGUACAGGCCACCGGACGUGCUCCUAGGCUCGACCGAGUACUCCACCUCGUUGGACAUGUGGGGGGUCGGGUGCAUAUUCGUGGAGAUGCUGACGGGGCUGCCAACGUUUCCGGGGGUCCGGUGCACCUACGACCAGCUCGACAAGAUCUUUAAGAUCCUCGGCACUCCUACCGAGGAGACUUGGCCGGGGGUGACGCACCUACCUAGCUACAGGCCCCAACGACUGACCUUCUACCCGCCGAGGAAGCUGGGUCUCUCGUUCCCCAGGCUUUACGACAUCGCCGAGGGCGACGGCAUGGCUUCCUCGCUCCUUCAGUUGAAUCCCGACCAGCGGAUCGGCGCCGAGGAGGCGCUGCGGCACCCAUACUUUGCCUCGCUUCCUAGAAAGUUGUACGAGUUGCCCGACGAGGUAUCGAUAUUCAGCGUGGAGGGCUGCCAGCUCUACACGGAGUCACGGCAGAAUUACGCGGAUUCCCGUCACACGGCCCUGAAGACCUGAGGAUAGGCGUUGCCAGGGUGCCGCAAGUAACUCGGACUCCUUCCCAACCGGAGUCUCGUCCCUUGCACCAGAGAAACCCUUAAGGCAACGCUCGCUCCCUCUCUCGGGACUGCUACGCGAGAUCUUCCCUCAUCCCCAUCGCUCGUGGCCGACGCCGACGUCGCCGCUAUCGUUCAUGGCCAUCGACACCGAAUCCAGGACCACUAGCAUCCACCGUCCCGGGAUCCGUGGAACCCGUGGAACCCGUAGGAACCCCCCAACGGUGGACUUUCGACCCCCUUUCCCAAGGGACGACCGACCGACUUGGGAAGUCUCCCCGUGAAACUCGUAGUGCCCCUAAUGGCCGAUCUGGGAAACUUCCCCGCGAGUCCACCGUCGUCUCCGCUAGGCGAUAAGAAUUGGAUUCCCCACUGGGCUAUCCGUUACGGUCGGCAUGAACAAUACGCUUAAGUACGAGAACGUCUAAUUAGCGAAGUUACAAAUCCCGCGUACAUCGAGUACGAGUUUAAGAGAUACGCCGUUCCCGGCAGAGGCCGGGACGCCGCUCGGGAGGAACCACGAAAGUAAGCUGCUUAGGAAGACGAGAAGAGACGAGAGAGAUGUAUUUUUUUUUUAUUUUUCAAUUUUUUUUUUUUCUUCUCGAAAACGCAUUUGCACGCUGAUUCUAGAGAGCGAAAGCACGCACGACCCAUCCUCGCACUUCGUCCAAAUACUAGAUUUAGACUGACACCAAUCAAAAGGAAACGUUGAAUUAUUAACGGGAGGGAGUCAGGACGACCCGUCGUCCGCAGUCGAGAGGAGGAACAGGGACGGCGGAUGUCGGCCGACUAGCGAAAAUAUAUUAGGGUUAUUACUGCAAUUACUUAGGAAGAGAUGACGAAAAGAGACCUUUGGAAGAUCUGUACCGCUCCUAGGGAACUCUCCGCUAUCCGGUGUCCCUAUUUCGGAACCCCCCCUCGGAUUUUCCUCGACGUCCCUUUCGCCCGGUCUUGGGCGACGCGUCGGUGUCCUUCCGGGUCUUCUUUCGGAAUCGCUCGUUCUAGCGGCGGUCUCGCGAUCUUGGCAAAUAAAUAGGAUUACUGGGGCACCGACGCGUCAUCUGGUGCUACGUGCCACCGGAAUGGAUUAUAAGGAAUGGCGAGGCAUAAUUCGAUUAUAUUGGCGCCGUUCGUAGUCGCGACGGUAAUAGUUUAAGAACCGGUUGAUUCAUUCUUCGGCUAAGUUAACCGGCUAAUUAAUUAUUUAUAAACGCCCGUCCGAUCGCUGUUCGGACUUUUUUUAGGCUCCCGACGAUGUUCCAUUAGACGGAUUUUGUACGCGGUUUGGGGUUUUUGUACGACGGUACAUUGUUCUCUUUAUUUUUUUUUUCUCUCUCUGUAAAAAAUAUGCGAUUUCUGGAGUCGUGCCGAAGAUGGGUCAUCCGGUUUCGGUAAUUGUAAGCAACCGCGGGUAGCUCCUCGGCGUCCUUCUGGACCCCGAGGGUAGGGAAUUAAUCGGUGGUAGUCGACCGAGAUUUUGUAACUUCGUAAUUCUAGCCCGAGCCGGGGAUUCCGUUCUGCUAUAAAGCGAACGGAAACCGUAGAAGCCCCGUAGACGUCCUCGACGCGGAGUCUCGCGUCGCCGGAGAUCGACCGGGCCGUUCAACGCGGAAACUCGCCGGUUAGCUUCUCCCGUUUCUUUUUCUAUCGUUUACGAGACGUAAUCUUUCUCGACUAGCGGACGGUUCGGCGAUAAAUUACCGCCCCCCCUCGUAGAUCCUUUAUUCCGGCUUAUAGUUAUCGUUAUACACGGCUCGAGGUAAUGGUAGUCACGUGACCGUUUAAGUAUUUUAUCGAGCACAGGGCUGGUGGGGAGGAAGACGCUGAUUCCGUUAGAAGAAUGCUAGGGAUAUGGGUGGCGAAAUUAGUAAAUGUAUCCUUGUAGUUAAGGGCGUUCGAGGGAACGCGAAACCGUCGCGGUGGAAUAUGUAACCGGCGUAUCUUUAUCGAAAGUCGCUCGGAGUGAUACACAUUUAGACUGUAAAACCGAGACUCGCGGAAACCGAAACUGGGCCUUAACGGCUGGAUUUUCUUUUCUUAAUCGCGCGAUCGAGCCACGUAGACGAUGUCUUUCCGGCGCGCCGAUGUCCCUGUUCGUUUCGCUAUUUUUUUUUUUCUUUUCUCUCUUUCUCCUCUCUUUCUUUUCUUUUUGGAGAUUUAUUAAAACGAUCAUUGGGUACCGGCGUCGCUCGGAACUCGGCGGCGAGAUUAGCGAGUAACCUUCUAAGCUAGCGAUUAACGACGUAAGCGGCGCUACAGGUCUUCCAAGAUUUUGUUUAAGCCACGACGACUAUUACGGUUAAAUAUUACUCCCUCGUAGGUUAUAUUUAUACCAACUUUUUCAGCACACCACUCGUAGAGAUAUAUCGGCGGGACUGUUUCGAGGAGGAGGGGUUUGGAGCGCGAGAGGAGUAGGCGGGGGAAGGGAGCGGGAGGGAGACAGAGAUAUCGAUGAGGUUUUUCGUGGGAGCGUUCUUCUCCGAGAUCGCGUCGUGGUCUCCGAUGGUUCUUGUUUCGGAUGAGACGCGCAGGUGGUAGAAUUGUAUAUAGAACACCAGGUUCAUAAUUAUCGAUGACGCUGAGAUAGCUGAGCUGAGACUAAUAAAUGUGACUUUGUAAGAAA